CCCCACCCCACCCGUCGCCGCGGCACGCUCCCCUCCAACCGCGCGCAACUUUCCUCCCUCAUCCUGCGCUCUCCGAGCUGCUGAACUUCCACUCAGCGCCGCUGUCAAACCGAACCGGGCCGACCUUGACGGACAGCGCGUCGUGGAGAGGAACUUUACCGGAGGGAGGGACGGGUUCCGACGCUCCUUCUCGAGCGGGGGGAGAAAAAAAAGUCUUUGAUUUGACAGAAAGUGUAAAAGCUCAGGGAGGGAGGUGUGUUGAAGUUGAAGCUGUGCGCAGAGGAAAACGAAUCCUGAGACUGAAAAGUGGGAGACGUGUUUGUCCUCACAGGUGCUGCAGGACUGGACCUGACCCGGAUUCAUCGGACUGAUCCGCGCUGCUUUUUUCCCCCCUCCCUCCACAAGGAAAUAUCACGUUGUUAUAAGAACAUCUGUGGAACUUUAAAGUGGGAGAAAGGGGGGGGGAAGGGGGAACCACAGUCGCUUCAGGAGCGGUUUGACGCGCUGCGCGCACUGCCGGAGGGAGGAGAGACCCUCACACAGGCGGACACCAACAGGACCACAGCGGGGUCUCCGGCACCGUGACAUGCCUCAAGCCCACCGGGCACUUGUUGUCCAGCCUGCCCGGCUUCUUGGAACAAUGUUUGAGGACUCCUGGAAGGGAUCGAUGUGGCGCGUCACGUGGAUUUUAUUUCUCUGCUUUCUCAUCCGCUCCACGCAAGCUCAAGAUGACGUGCCUCCUUAUUUCAAGACGGAGCCGGUGCGCAGCCAGCUCCACCUGGAACGAAACAGGCUGGUGCUGACGUGCAUGGCUGAGGGAAGCUGGCCGCUGGAGUUUAAAUGGAUCCACAACAACACAGAGUUAACYCGCUUUUCACUGGAGUACAGGUACCUAAUCCCUUCACUGGAUCGCUCUCAUGCUGGCUUCUAUCGCUGCAUCGUAAGGAACCGGGUGGGAGCUCUUCUGCAGAGGCGCACAGAAGUGCAAGUGGCCUUUAUGGGCAGUUUCGAGGAGGGCGAACGCACUCAGUCCGUCUCUCAGGGAGAGGGAGCCGUUGUUCCUGCACCACGCAUUCGCAGCUUCCCCCAGCCGCAGGUCACCUGGUUCAGAGACGGCCGAAAGAUUCCACCCAGCAGUCGAAUAGCCAUCACUCUGGACAACACGCUGGUUAUCUUGUCCACGGUGGCACCAGAUGCUGGGCGUUACUAUGUGCAGGCGGUGAACGACAAAAACGGAGAGAACAAGACCAGCCAGCCCAUCACCUUGUCAGUUGAGAAUAUUGGUGGUCCAGCAGAUCCAAUCGCCCCCACUAUCAUCAUCCCUCCUAAGAACACCAGCGUGGUCACAGGCACCUCAGAGGUCACAAUGGAGUGUGUGGCCAACGCCAGACCUCUUAUCAAGCUGAGUAUCUCAUGGCGUAAAAACGGCGUGUUGGUGACCAGUGGUUUGAGCGACUUCAACCGCAGACUGACCAUCCUCAGCCCCGUGGUGAGCGAUGCCGGUUUCUUCGAAUGCGAGGCCAUCCUCCGAAGCAGCAGCGUGCCUUCAGUCAGUGCCGGAGCCUAUCUUCAUGUACUUGAACCACCACAGUUUAUAAAGGAACCAGAGAAACACAUCACAGCUGAGAUGGAGAAGGUGGUGGAUAUUCCCUGCCAGGCGAAGGGAGUCCCCCAGCCUGAAAUCGUGUGGUAUAAGGACGCCUCGCCCAUCAAUCCCGUGAAGACGCCGAGGUACAGAGUGCUGGUGGGAGGGAGCCUGCAGGUCAACGGCCUGCUGCCCGAUGACACCGGCAUGUUUCAGUGUUUCGCCCGGAAUCUGGCAGGAGAAGUUCAGACCAACACGUACCUGGCUGUUACCAGCAUCGCGCCAAACAUCACAGCCGGACCUUCUGACAGCACCGUAAUCGACGGGAUGUCAGUCAUCCUCCACUGCGAAACCUCAGGAGCUCCGAGACCGGCUAUAACUUGGCAGAAAGGUGAGCGCGUGUUAGCCAGCGGUUCGGUGCAGCUGCCCAGGUUCACCCUGCUUGAAUCUGGCAGUUUGCUCAUCUCGCCUUCACACAUCUCUGACGCCGGGACGUACACCUGCAUGGCGAGCAACUCCAGGGGCAUCGAUGAGGCGUCCGCUGACCUCGUUGUCUGGGCUCGCACUCGGAUUACCACUCCCCCACAGGACCAAAGUGUUAUCAAAGGAACUAAAGCCAUCAUGACCUGUGGAGUCACACACGACCCCAGCGUAAUUAUCAGGCACGUCUGGGAAAAGGAUGGCUCAGUGAUCAACGUGCAGUCCAUUCCCCGCAUGCGCCUGGAGGCAGAAGGCACCCUGCACAUCUCGCAGACCUGGUCCGGCGACAUCGGCACGUACACGUGCAGGGUCACCUCGGUCGGAGGCAACGACUCCCGCAGCGCUCACCUGCGAGUCAGGCAGCUCCCCCACGCCCCGGACAACCCCACGGCCGUGUUGAGCAAGUCGGAAAAAAGAGCCAUCGACUUGGCCUGGGCGAAGCCUUUUGAUGGCAACAGCCCUCUCAUACGCUACAUCCUGGAGGUUUCUGAAAACAAUGCUCCCUGGGCCAUCCUCCUGGCAAAUAUCGAACCGGACUCCGCAGCAGUGACGGUCAACGGCCUCAUCCCGGCUCGCUCCUAUCAGUUCCGCCUCUGUGCCGUUAAUGAUGUCGGGAAGGGGCAGUUCAGUAAGGAGACCGACCGCGUGUCCCUCCCAGAGGAGCCCCCCAGUGCCCCUCCUCAGAACGUCAUUGCCAGCGGCAGAACCAACCAGUCCAUCAUGAUCCAGUGGCAGCCGCCACAGGAGAGCCACCAGAACGGCAUCCUCAGGGGCUACAUCAUCCGUUACCGUCUCACAGGGCUGCCUGUGGACUACCAGAUGAAGAACAUCUCCAGCCCCGACGUGACCACGCUGCUGCUGGAGGACCUCAUCAUCUGGACGAACUAUGAGAUCGAAGUGGCCGCCUACAACGGGGCKGGACUGGGCGCUUUCAGCCACAAAGUCACUGAGUGGACUCUUCAGGGGGUUCCCACCAUCGCUCCAGGCAACGUGCAGGCCGAGGCGGUCAACUCCACAGCUAUUCGUUUUACCUGGACCGCCCCGAACCCUCAGUUUAUCAACGGCAUCAACCAGGGCUACAAGUUGCUGGCCUGGGAACGCGGCAAAGACGAGGACGCUGCCAUGGUAACCGUUCGACCAAACUUCCAGGACAGCGUCCACGUGGGAUACGUGACGGGCCUGAAGAAGUUCACCGAGUACUACACCUCCGUGUUGUGCUUCACUACACCUGGAGACGGUCCCCGCAGCCCACCUAAAGCAGUGAGGACUCACGAGGACACCCCGGGUGCUGUCGGUCACCUCAGCUUCACCGAGAUCCUGGACACCUCGCUCAAAGUCAGCUGGAGCGAGCCGGGCGAGAAGAACGGAGUGCUCACAGGUUACCGCAUCUCGUGGGAGGAGUUCAACCGAACCAACACCAGAGUCACCCACUACAUGCCCAACGUCACCCUGGAGUACAGGGUCACGGGACUCACCGCCCUCACCACGUACACCAUCGAAGUGGCAGGAAUGACCUCCAAGGGCCAGGGCCAACUGUCCUCCUCCACUAUAUCCUCAGGGGUCCCACCAGAACUUCCCGGCCCUCCUACCAACAUCGCGGUCACCAACAUUGGCCCCCGUUCCGUCGUCCUGCAGUUCAAACCCGGCUACGACGGCAAAACUUCCAUUUCCCGUUGGCUGGUGGAGGCUCAGGUGGGGUUUGUGGGAGAAAAUGAGGACUGGAUGAUUGUCCACCAGGUGUCCAAUGAGCCCGAGGCCCGCUCCUUAGAUGUGCCUGACCUCAACCCGUACACCUUUUAUAGAUUUCGGAUGCGUCAAGUCAACAUAGUCGGCACCAGUCCACCCAGCCAGCCUUCCAGGAAGAUCCAGACCCUACCAGCUCCUCCUGACAUGGCACCCGCCAACGUCACCCUCCGCACCGCCAGCGAAACCAGCCUCUGGUUAAGAUGGAUGCCUCUGCCUGAGUGGGAAUACAACGGGAACGCUGAGCAGGUGGGCUACAGGGUUCAGUACUACCGUGUGGGCUCACAGGGCCGCGGGCUGACCCACGUUAUCGCCGACCGCCUGGAGAGAGAAUUCACCAUCGAGGACCUGGAGGAGUGGACCGAGUACGAGGUCAGGGUCCAGGCUGUCAACGGCAUCGGGACGGGACCCUGGAGCCACCCGGUCAGAGGCAGGACGCGGGAGUCCGUCCCCUCGAGUGGACCCAUCAACGUGUCUGCCUUUGCCACUACCUCCAGCAGCAUCCUGGUGCGCUGGUUUGAAGUUCCUGAGCCAGACAGGAACGGUCUCAUUCUCGGCUACAAGGUGGUGUACAAAGAGAAGGACGCUGACACUGCGGUCCACUUCUGGACGGUGGAAGGGAACGCCUCCCACAGUGUCCAGCUGACUGGUUUGGGGAAGUACGUUCUGUACGAGAUCCAGGUUGUGGCUUUCACAAGGAUCGGAGAUGGACGGCCCAGCUCUCCGCCCAUCCUGGAGAGGACUUUGGAUGAUGUGCCAGGACCUCCUGUGGGGAUCCUGUUCCCUGAAGUGCGAACCACCUCUGUUCGACUUAUUUGGCAGUCACCUGCCCAACCCAAUGGCAUCAUACUUGCUUACCAGAUCACGUACCACCUGAACUCCACCAACAGCAACGGCGCCACCGUGGAUGUUCUGAACCCCAGCGCUCGUCAGUACAACGUGAUCAACCUGAAGCCAGAGUCCGUCUACGUGUUUCGUAUCACCGCACAGACGAGGAAGGGCUGGGGCGAAGCAGCCGAGGCUCUGGUGGUCACCACGGAGAAACGAGCUCGUCCCCAGCCCACCAGCCGCCCCACYGUUCCUCAGAAAGACGUUCAGGCCCGCCAGGUGUUGCUUUCAUGGGAGCCGGGCAGCGAUGGCCUGUCCCCUGUGCGUUACUACACGGUGCAGCUGAGAGAGCUGCCCGACAACAACUGGACUGUGCACUCUGCCUCUGUUAACCACGAGGCCACGUCCUACAUUGUGUCCAGGUUAAAGCCCUUCACAUCCUACCAGUUUAGAAUCAAAGCAACCAAUGACAUCGGGGACAGUGAGUACAGUGAAGAGAGUGAAGCAAUUACAACUCUACAGGAUGCGCCAGACGAAGCGCCGACAAUCCUCUCUGUCACGCCGCACACAACAACGUCGGUGCUGAUCCGCUGGCAGCRGCCUUCUGAGGAGAAGAUCAAUGGGAUCUUACUGGGCUUUCGGAUUCGCUACCGGGAGCUGCUGUACGAUCGUCUCCGCGGCUACAUUCACACGUUCAACAGUCUGUCGACGUGGGCCGAGCUGAAUGCCCCCUACAGCAUUCGGAACCUGAGCGAUCCUGCGCUCACUCACUACGAGUUGGAAAAAUUAAGUAAGCAUAAACGCUACGAGAUACACAUGAGUYUGUACAACGCUGUAGGCGAGGGGCCAAGCAGCCCGCCCCAGGAGGUGUUCGUUGGAGAAGCAGUACCAACGGCCCCCCCACAGAAUGUUGUCAUUCAGUCUGCAACAGCCAACCAGCUGGACGUGAUGUGGGACCCUCCACCUGUAGAUGCCCAGAAUGGAGACAUCCAGGGUUAUAAGAUCUACUUUUGGGAGUUCCAGCGGAAGAACGAGACYGAGCGGCUGCGGACCCUUUUCAUGCCGGAGCGCGGCGUGAAACUGAAGAACUUGACUGGCUACACCACCUACAUGAUCAGCGUGGCCCCCUUCAACGCCGCCGGGGAUGGGCCCCGGAGCCCACCGACGAGGGGCCGCACCCAGCAAGCAGCUCCCAGCGCUCCAAGUUUCAUUCACUUCAGCGAGCUGACCACCACCUCGGUCAACGUGUCCUGGGGCGAGCCUACCUUCCCUAARGGCAUCAUAGAGGGCUUCCGUCUGGUCUACGAACCCUUAACACCUGUAGACGACUCCUCAGUGGCCUGUGCCGACUGUCUUCACUCCCCCUCACCCCCAGGCGUCAGUAAGACAGUGACKGUGGACGUGAGGGGGAGUGGGCCCCUCUGGCUGAAGCUCCGAGACCUGGCGGAUGGCGUCACGUACAACUUUCGGAUCCGGGCCAAGACCUUCAUCUACGGGCCGGAAGURGAGUCCAAUAUCACCACGGGACCAGGAGAAGGAGCCCCAGGACCCCCUGGAGAGCCAUUUAUCACACGCUACAAUUCAGCCCUGACCAUUCACUGGACCAGCGGUGACCCGGGACGUGCCCCUAUAACACGCUAUGUCAUCGAGGCCAGACCCUCAGAUGAGGGUCUGUGGGACAUCUUAAUAAAAGAUAUUCCCAAGGAUGCAAUAUCACACACCUUCAACAUGGAUAUCCUCAAACAAGGCGUCAGCUAUGACUUCCGGGUAAUUGGAGUCAACGACUACGGCUARGGCUCUCCAAGCCUACCUUCUCCUUCCAUAUCUGCUCAGAAAGUGGCCCCGUUCUACGAGGAGUGGUGGUUCUUGGUGGUGGUGGCGCUMGUGGGGCUCAUCUUCAUCCUGCUGCUGGUUUUCAUCCUCAUUAUCAGGGGACAGAGCAAGAAGUACGCAAAGAAGUCUGAAUCAGUGUCUCUGUACGUGUGUCCAGGUAACAACUCCAACUGUAACGCUCUGACCCACGGCGACAUGGUCAGCCURGACGAGGGCCGCUUCCCCGCUCUGGAGCUCAACAACCGACGGCUGUCCGUGAAGAACUCUUUCUGUCGAAAGAACGGCGUCUACACCAGGAGGCGCUGGUGUUUUCAUAUGGGACAGGUGGCCUACAUACACUUCCACUGCAUUUGGGCAGCGACAGCGAGUACGAGGUGGACCCCAAUCGACAGAAGACCCACUCUUUCGUCAACCACUACAUAAGCGACCCCACCUACUACAAUUCCUGGCGCCGCCAGCAGAAAGGGAUCUCCCGAGCGCAGGCCUACAGCUACACGGAGUCCGAGUCGGGAGACCCGGAGCACUGCGCCCCGCCGCCUCUGCCCCCUCUUCCUCCACUUCCACCGCAGCUCAGCUCACCCAGCCCUCAGCCUCAACAAGCCCAGGGUCAGCCCCAGGGUCAAGGCACCCUGUUCAGGCCCAAAGGAAGCCGGACUCCCACUCCCUCCCAGCAGAGCUGCAACCCCCCCAGCCAGCACAGCACCCUGUACAGGCCCCCCAGCAGUCUAGCCCCCGGGUCCCGGGCCCCUAUAGCCGGCUUCUCCUCCUUUGUGUGAAAAACGCUGAAAAGAACAGAAACUUCUGGAACUUGUGUUGAAGAACAUGGCAUUGGAGAAUGCAAAAUCAGCCCAAAUGAAUCAGUUACGUCUGUUUCUUCUCAUUGUUUUGUUUUUCUUUUAUUUCAUUGCAUUUUUGUUUGUUGCCUGAAUAUAUGCAGAAAAACAGACUUUUCAGAGCACUUUUUUUUGUCGAACAAGUGGAGGUGUGCCACUGCACGCCCAUUUUUUUUAUGUCACCGGUUGAUAAAAUAUGUCUGKAACAUUUAUUCACUUUUAUUUGAAACGGCUUGCAUGACUUUUGCUUCUCAUUUGUUUCCUUCUGUCUUUUUUUUUUGUUUUUAAAUUUUUGUUGCUCUUUGGAUGCACAUUCAUCCGUAAUCUCUGUACAAAGCCACAAUUCUUUGAAAACACAAAACAUUUACAAAAAAAUUAUACAUAUAUAUACAGCAUAUAUAGUAGACACACCUAGAAGAAGUCAAGUCUGUGGAAACGACACCAGUGGAGACUCGUGAUGGAGCCAUGUGGAAGUGAAAAUACACGAUUUUACUCCAGAAAACAAAAGAUAAAAGCUGAAACUUUUUUUUUUUUGCCAAAAUGGAGAAACUUUCAUGUUUUGACCUGGAAAGUUUUAAAUGAACAUUGAAGCUGCACCUCCAUGGGAAUAACUCUCUGGUCCGAUAGCACACAAACGCACAGAAAAGUCCAACAGCAUUUGGCUGUAACUGGUCCGUGACUGUGCUGUGCCUGAAGGAGCCUCAGAUAUAUGAAAUGAGUGUAUAUCUGUUUAAAUGAAAGUGUUUAAGUUUUUUCUCGUGAGUGUGUUACUGUGGAACAAAGCUGCCUUGUUAGAGAAACACUUAUUUAUGAAACAUGGCACCAGUUGUGACUGAACUACUUACGGUGCCCUGGACCGUGGCAUCUCAACAGCCCCGCACUACAAGAGCCUUUUAUUCCUGACAGAUGUGGGGCUGUGGGUUUUAUUUGCAAACGCAAUUCACUUUUCAUCUCCUGCCCUUCGCUGGCUUACGUAUAAACACAUCAGUCGAGUUCCACUGAAAUGCUUUGAAAGCCAGCCUAAGUUUGUCGGGGGCUGUCACGUUCGUGAAUUCGCUUAAGUGUAGUUUCUGUUAAGAAGACGAAAAGAAAAAACAAACUUUGCGUUUUUAUUUCCCUUCCCUGUUGCGAUAACGCCUCUCUGCCCCCCCGACCACUAUCACUGGGCAGCGCUGAGCCCUGUGCCAAGAGAUGAUGUCAUCCAGCUGCCUCACCUCGCUCCCUUCUGUGUAAUCAAACACACUGUGUGACUGUGCACUCCCAAGCGCUAAAGGGUGUGUGUGUGCGUGAUUAUGCUACUUGUGUGUAAGCUUUACAGAUCAUUCACUGUACGUCUGUAUAAAGAGAUUGUCCUGCAGCAAUUUAAACCUGCCUGGAGUUUCGCCACAGACGGUUGGCAGCAUCCYACCACCUGGCAGGCGCACUCACAACGCUAUAGUGAAGACUCAGUGGUGUGUUCUUAGUUUCCAUAACUCAAAAAAAGAAAAAAAAAUUGCCAUCUACUUUUUUUUUCUUCCUUUUUUUAUUUUUAUUUUAUUUUUGUUUUGUUUGUAUGUGGGGUGAUUUCAUUGUACGCAACCAACGCUUAUCAUGCAGAGUCUGAAUAUAUUAUCACAGUACAUUUCUGAAAUAAAUUAUUUUUCAAUGUUA